CGGUUGGGUGGGUGGGGGCGUUCCGGGGGUAGGUGGGUGAGAGGGACAUGAAGGCGCUGCGGCGAUCCAGCACCUCGUCCUCGCCGUCGUCGUCGUCCUCGCCGACGGCCGCGUCCUCCCCGCCGUCCUCGUCGUGGAUCCACAUCCGGUCGCUCCUCGUCGCCGCCGCGUCGUCGUCGUCGUCCUCGUCGUCUUCUUCGGCGGCCGCGGCGGGGAGCGCGGUGGCCGUGGUGUCGGCUGCGGCGGCUGUCUCGUCUUCUUCCUCGCCGGCUUCGUCCUCGCCACACUCGGAUCGAGGUGGUAUUAAAUCUCCAUGGUCUCGGAGGAAAAGAAAACGAGCACUUUCUCGUGAACAGUGGGACAGUCUAUUUUCAGCAAAUGGGAAGCUUCGUGAUGGUGGGAAGAAGUUUCUCAAGAAAGUUCGCAGUGGAGGUAUUGAACCAGGCCUGAGGGCAGAAGUUUGGCCCUUCCUACUUGGAGUCUAUGAUUUAAAUAGCUCUGAAGAAGAAAGGAACACUGUCAAGAUCAAGAAAAGGAAAGAGUAUGAAAAGCUGAGGCGGCAGUGCCAACAAAUUCUGAAUGGCUGCAAGGGAAAUGCGUUGAAGGCAAUAACUGAAGUUAGUAAUGAGGAGUGUUCUAGUUUAGAGGGUACCGCUGAAGGAUCUGAAUCACCUUGUUUUGAAGAUGCCCUUGCUGUAUGUCCUGCUUCACUCGAGGAGCUGACUCCUGAACAUAACGAGGCUGAGCAACCAGAGAACAUUGUAGAAUGUAUGGAAGAGGACACAGAUGAGUUGAAUUAUGCAUAUCCAUGCAUAGCGGAGUCAGAAUCAUCUGAUUCUGAAUCAUCCGAUGAUGAUGACCCUGGAAGGAUGUCCGUGUCUGGUGAGGAGAAUUGUGAUCCAGAUCCUAAAUUUACCAGGAGCACUUCGUUCAAGGCAGAUUUUUUUAGGUCUAGCAGAACCUCAGAGGACUUUGCCACAUGGCAGCGCAUCAUAAGGUUGGAUGCUAUUAGGUCAAACAGUGAAUGGAUUAUGUUCUCCCGCAACCAGGCUGAAGUUUCCAAAGAGCGAGCAAUGCAGUCUGCAGCAUCUGUUGGAUUGAAAGAUUAUGAUCACUUAGAGCCCAGUAUGAUUUAUCAUGCUGCUCGAUUAGUCGGACUGCUUGAAGCAUACGCAGUCUAUGAUCCAGAGAUUGGCUACUGCCAAGGUAUGAGUGAUCUCUUAUCACCUAUCAUUGCAGUGAUGGAGGAGGAUGAAGAAGCAUUUUGGUGCUUCGUGGGUUUCAUGAGGAAAGCAAGGCACAACUUCAGGCUUGAUGAGGUUGGAAUAAGAAGGCAGUUGAAGAUUGUCUCAGAGAUUAUCAAGCGCAAAGACUCACACCUGUAUAGGCAUCUGCAGAAGUUGCAGGCUGAGGACUGUUUCUUUGUGUACAGAAUGGUAGUUGUUCUCUUCAGGAGAGAGCUCACUUUUGAGCAGACUGUAUGCCUGUGGGAAGUUAUGUGGGCUGAUCAGGCAGCCAUACGGGCUGGGAUUGGGAGGUCUACCUGGGGAAGAAUAAGGCUGCGUGCUCCACCAACCGACGACCUGUUGCUUUAUGCAAUCGCUGCAUGUGUCCUGCAGAGGAGGAAGCUAAUAAUUGAGAAGUACAGCAGCAUGGAUGAGAUAUUGCGAGAGUGCAACAACAUGGCCGGGCAGCUAGAUGUCUGGAGGCUGCUAGAUGAUGCACAUGACCUUGUUGUUAACCUUCAUGAUAAAAUCUGAUCUGGUGGUAACUGGCUCGUGAUGAAUUUUGCCUCCACCAGCGCCUGCCAAAUUUUGCCACCAAUUUGGUUUUCAAAAGGCAGGAAAGCCUUGCCGAAAUUCCGGCACCAAACCAAAAUACGGACCGAUUUCGAUUGAAAGUACCAUAAAAGUUUUGGGUAGGGAAGCUGUUCAGAACCAAUCAUCUUUUCAGGUCUAGUGAUCUGUAAGUCUAGAUGCAUUUUGUUCCUAGUCUACCAGUACUGCCAAGAGGGCUUUUGUUUGAUCUUCUUUUCCGGUGCCAAACUGGCGGAUGUGUUGGAUUCUGUUCUACCCAGAAUGACAAGGCGAGCAAUAACACAUCCAGCCAAUGGCACGUACGAUGAAGCAAACUCUGAUGUGAUCUUGCCUGGAACGGCUCGGCAGUGGGCACAAUGGGGCCGGCGUCCACAAGUUGCCAUUAGGGUAAUGUAGCUUCUGUUGUCGGAUCCAUGCUUGGACUGCUGGCAAGCUUUGAAUUCUUCUUCCAUCAUCUUUGCAAAAAGAUCACGCCAUCUCGAUGGAUAAAA